ACACGGAACUCUCGAAAUCAAAACCCCUCUUCUCUUCUCUUCUCUUCUCCCUCCCGACCUUGCUUUCACCUGCAACUUCUAGAGAGAGAGAGAGAGGGAGAGAUGGUGUCGUCGCCGGUGGUGAAUACAUAUCCACUAUCCAGUUACACCUUCGGGACGAAGGAGCCGAAGAUGGAGAAAGACACCUCAGUCGCCGAUCGCCUUGCUCGUAUGAAAGUCAACUAUAUGAAAGAAGGCAUGCGGACUAGCGUCGAAGCAAUUUUACUGGUGCAGGAGCACAAUCAUCCCCAUAUUCUUCUUCUGCAAAUUGGAAACACAUUUUGCAAACUUCCUGGUGGGCGUCUAAAGCCCGGGGAGACUGAGGUUGAAGGUUUGAAAAGAAAACUAAAUGGCAAACUUGGUGCAAAUUCACCUGCUCUUCAGCCAGACUGGCAGAUAGGUGAGUGUGUAGCUGUCUGGUGGAGACCAAAUUUCGAAACCAUAAUGUACCCAUACUGCCCUCCCCAUAUUACAAAACCAAAGGAAUGCAAGAAACUUUUCCUUGUUCACCUUUCUGAAAGAGAGUACUUUGCAGUGCCAAAAAAUUUGAAACUUCUUGCUGUUCCAUUGUUUGAACUCUACGAUAAUGUUCAGAGAUAUGGGCCGGUUAUAUCCACCAUUCCGCAGCAGUUGUCUAGAUUUCAGUUCAACAUGAUCCCUGCAUAAAUUUUGUGGACUCCACGAGCUUUUAGCAGGAUAGAGAACCUCAAAGGAGAGUCUAAAUUUAUUUAGUUUUCAGUUCUGAAUUUUGCAGAUGACAGUCCCAAUCUAGAUUAUGAGACACUCUAACCUUGAGGCAUUGUAACUUGUUAUUUGAAUUGUGAAUGUUUGGGAGAUUGGGUACUUUGAUAACAAUCUUGUGACAACAAUCUUAUGCAUAAAAUGCAGUUUCUUCUCUCUGGCUAUUUGUGACUUCUUGAAGGUCUAAUAUAUGUAUCACGGCCCGGUUGUUAAUUCCAAA